GUCGCUGCGUAUCUUGUAUGUUGCGCGUGUAUCGCAUUGUGUUCCUCCUCAAAGACUUAGCGGUAGUCAAGACAAUAACGAAGACCAAGUCCUCUCCGAAGUGCACUACCAGUAGUGUACCAGGUUGCUGGCGAGAGGCACUGCCGUCCCAACCCUGCACAAUGGCCGCCGCUCCGUCAGUUUGCGUCCAUCGCAUUAAGCUCAUCUGCCUCAUGGAAAACGCUGGCAAAGACGUUUUGACCUUCGUGCUGAAGCGCGGCGCGCUGAAGGCCCCCACCAUUCUGGGCGUGUCCCUCACUGACUACCUUAACAACCUCCCUCAAGGCUCGACAGCCAACUAUGGCAGGAUGAAUAACAAGCAAAAAAGAGGAGCACUGAACAACACCGACCGAUGCCAAAUACAACGCUUUCCUUUAUGGGACAACUUCGAUGUGACUUUAUUAUACAAAGCAAUAAAACUGACAUGCGAAGGUGUGGCGGGAGGUGACGAUCCUGAAUGGCAAGACCCGAACACACUGGAGGGAAUGGUAUCAAAAAUAAAGGAUGAGCGAAAUGAACUCUUUCAUGAAGUGAGAGAUUUCGGCGAGGCAGAGUACCAGGACAAAGUCAACGAGUUAGAAGACCUCUUUAUCAGAGUUCUCGCCGCAGCUAAGACCAGAUACUGCAUUCCUGACGCAGAAUUGACACCCGUGCAGGACAACGCCCGGCAGGUCAUUGAUAAACUGAGAAAAUCGGGACUGGAGAAAGAGAUUUUAACAUAUUAUUCAAGUGUCUUACGCCAAGAAUUCAUGAGAGAAAGUCAGGCCCACCUCAAAACAUUAUAUGAUAAUCUACAAACCUUUGAUCCACUGUCCUUCCUUACCAACUCCCCAAAACACCACCAUCAUAUAAGGGACAUCUUCUGCAUGAUGUCCCUCAUGGAAGGAAGAGGACAGGUCCAACAGAGACGAGACAUCGACACUUGCGACGUGCUGACGGUGACGCGCUAUGCAAGACAGAAUUCGCAGACGUCCACGUCCUUAUCGGCGACGCCGCCCACACAGGGCGCCAAGCCACAGCUUAUCCUGAUCAGAGGCGUGGCAGGAAGCGGCAAAACGACCAUACUCACCUUCCUUCUCUCAGAGUGGCUUCAGGACCCCGGCGUCUGCACCAUCAGACACCUGCAAGAGUACGAUAUCGUGCUGCGUGUCUUGUGCCGCGAGAAGGACGGCCCGUCCCUCCAGGACUUCCUCAAACAGAUCCUCCCAAAUCAUUUUGCUGUGAUGGAGGAAGACCUCGUCACCCGCCUACGACAAUGCAAGGUUCUCUUCCUGAUUGACGGCCUGGACGAAUUGUCUCCAGGCAGUCGAUCAGACAGCCUUGUGACAGACAUCUUCAACACCUCGAAACACUCACCAGACUUCACACUCGUUUGCACAUCGCGGCCAGAAACAGUGCAACACUUCCUGAACAAAGUACCUGCUGGCUAUGAGGUGUGGAACAUGGAGAUGAAAAGCGUCAGCCAAGAACAAAGAACUCAUUUUGUUAUGAAGCAUUACAACAGCUUCCCAGACAACGGAUACAAGGACCCUGGGAAGCUCCAAUACCUCAUGAGUCAUCUAGGAUGGAGGGAUUAUUUCGGCCUGCCCUUGAACCUGCUUUUUCUUGCCACUUUGUUUUACAUGGAUCCCAACAACAUCAAGAUCACCACCACUCAGACCAGUUUGUACGUCACCAUGCAAGACUGGUGUAUACAAAAACUGCAGGGCAGACUCACAGAUCAUCCACAGGACAUACAGACCCUCGAGGACCACAUCUACAAGGUGCUGGAAGACAUACACGACGUGGCCCUGCAAGCUCUCCUGGAAGACCGUGUCACUCUGUCGAAAGAGGAAGCGCAGCGUCUGAGGGAUUCCUGUCGUGGGAAAGGACUGCCCAGCCAAGAAGUGAUGCCAUCAUUCUUCAAUCUUCAAGACAUAAGUGACAGGCAGGGGCAUCAUCAGAGGUACGCAGCCCCACACAAGAGCCUGCAGGAAUUCUACGGUGCAUCAGGAAUCGUCCACAAGUUGGUGGAGGGCUCACACUCAGUAGGCAUACUACGCAUGCUUCACGAUCCACCGCGCCAACAGCUCUGGAACUUGAGGAACCUGCUCCGGCACGUGGCAUGUCUCUUAUGCCACCCACAAACACCACUUCGUUCUUCAGACAUACGACGUAUGCUUCACUUCCCGCUGCGCCAACAGCUCCGGAGUUUAAGAAACCUGCUCCUGCACGUGGCAGGCCUCCUCUGCCACCCACAAACACCACUCUGUGCUCCAGCCAUACAAGAGGUGGUAGACAUGCUGGCAGAGACUGGGGUGGAAGACUGUGAUGAUUGGCUAUCCAUGCUGGAGGACACUGAAGUGAACAUAACUGCCUUGGAUUGUGUCGCCAGACACGUUACAAGUGAUGAGAGGGAGAGGGUAACAAUAACAGACAGCACCAUCACCAGUGCCCGGUCCCUCCUUCCGCUCAUCUCCUCCAAGGAGGUACAGAUACAGCUAAGCAGGAAGGAAUCGGAUGUGCAGGGGCUCAUCUUUGAACACCACACAUACACUGGGCUGUCCCUGCGCUACCAAUACAAACAUCCAGACCAAUCCACUCUCUGUGACUCCUUGCUGCGUGCCACGCCCAGAAGUCACCUUGGGGUGUUCGUGGGUCACCUAAGUGGGGCCGGGACACAGCUGCUACAGGAGUGCCAGCGCCUGUGGUACCUCCACCUGGCCGUGUGUGACCAAGAUGCCCAAGAGGUUCUGGCGGCCAUCAGGGACGUCCACUCGUCACUUCCUCAGCUGGGCGACCUCUCGCUACACGUCCCUGUGAGUGCCGUGAGGACACAGGCGUGCACCACACGGCUGCCUGACUGCCCACGGGUGUACCUCAUGUUGUCUGGCAUGGACGAGACGCUGCUGGAGGAGGCGGCCCAGAUAGCACAGCUCCUACAGCCCACACAACGCCCAUACUGGGGCAUCAUGUUCCUCGGCAGCAGAAUGAAGGCAGAUGUGUGGCGAAGCUGCCUUGAUAAGCUGGCCACUGCCGGCGUCAGGGUGAGGGGUGAUUAUGGCGGUGGUGUUAUAGCACCACACACCAACCUCAUGACGGAGGAGGAGCAGAGGGAGCUGUCCACCCUUGCCCAGAGCAGGAUGUUGGGUGGCUUCCUCAGAUGGCCUGAAGAGCGCCUGUGGGGGUCACUGUAAUCCCCGUGAAUCCCAUGCUCAUUGGUGCUAGAAGUGCAUCCACUUACGAAGCAAACAUCUGGGCUACAUUUAUCCUACUGCAUUGUGUGUGUUUAAGUCUACAAUGUGGCUCUACCAGUCUACCAUUAUCUCUCUCUCUCUCUCUCUCUCUCUCUCUCUCUCUCUCUCUCUCUCUCUCUCUCUCUCUCUCUCUCUCUCCCUGGUGGUUCAAGUUAUAUUAUUAAGUUGGUGAUGAUCUUGAUGUGCAGUUUGUGCGAGAGCAAAGUGUAAGUUAGGAUUAAGUUAGUACCAGAUGGGGAGCAAAGUUUUACUAUAGUUUGCAAUGAUUAUUGAUGGUGCACCUGCAGUUUUCCUCCUGGAAAAGUUCACGCCUGAACUGAGUCAAGUUAGUACAAGACAAGGCUCAAUGUUCUAUUUUGAAGUCUGUGGUGACUGCUAGUAUGCCUUUUUUUUUUACAAAGUUUAGUUACAAGAAAGUCAGCAGAAUCCCAUGAAUCAACAUUUUAUUUUUUAUUGCCUGAUGAUUCUCAAUUCUUCAUCUGCAGUUUGUCUUGCAGCAACGGUUACGUCAAAACUAAUUUAGUGUGCCCCGAGGAUCAAAGACAAUUCUCAAUGUUUCAUCUGCUGCGUGCCUUUGGGCUAAGUUGAAGUGACCACUAAGUUAAUGCUAGAUAAAGGUGAGUGUUCUAUUUUGAAGUCUGUGGCGGUUCUUAGGAUCACUUCCCACCUGCAGUAUAUCUUUUAGCAAAGUUUAAUGUGAGAACUAAGUUAGAACAAGCGGAGGAUUCAAAUUAUUUUCUUCAGCUGAUGGUGAAUCUUAAUGUUGCACCUGCAGUUUGUCUUUAGGCCAAAUUAAGUUAGAACUAAGUUGAGUCAGCACAAACUGAUAGUCAUGGCUGCACUCUUCAGGUCAUGAUGAUUCUGCUGUUUGUCCCAGGACAAGCUGUGAGUCAAAGCAGCACUCUUCAGCACAAGUUGAUAAGGUUGAUGCUUUGUUAAUUUUUGUCUUGAGUUUCAAGUUUACUUCAACACAAACACUGCAUUCUCUGUACCAGACAUGGCAGAUUUCAUCAUUAAAAGAUGUAUGUCUUG